UGGUUAAUGGUGGAAUAUACUUUAUAUUAUUGAUUGACGUACCAAGAAAAAUGACAUUUUCCUCAAAUCAACACUAUUUUCCCAAAGUAACCAAUCAAAAGCAAAACAAAUGAAAAUAGAACUCUAGUAAUAAAUAGAACAAUUUGCAUGACCCUCCAACCAAUCUUGAAUAGCAAAUUAAAUAAUGGCCCAUCUUACUAUAAUUAAUAUUUCCAUCACCUUUCACUUUACACCUUCCAAACUCAUUUCUCCCCAUCUCUAUUUAAAUACACACUUCUCCAUGCAUUUUUUUCUUCCCAAACAAAUUUAAAAAAAAAUGUGGCAAAAUAUUGAUCAAACUUGUACCUCAAGCAAUGGUUCUUCAUUAGAAGAAGCAAGUAAUUGUAACAAUAAUUUCCUAUACUCCAAUCCCACCUUCCCUUCAAUCCCUUCUAUCGAAUCGCCGCCAACGCCGCCACACGUCCUCCGCGCCAACCACCAAUGCGUGGCGACCAUCUCCUGCCAAACCCCCUACACCUCCUCCCUAGCCCUCUUCGGAAAAUUAUUGUUUGCCGGCUCGGCCGACAAGGAAAUCCGACUAUUGAAUCUCGAUCUUAUAAUAAAUCCCAUAUCGAAUUUUGAAAAUUCGAAUACUCAUAAUUAUUAUACGGUAAUGUCCGGAAAAGGUGCAAUUAAAGCAAUUGUGGUUUCGUCUGACCAAAAACUCGUCACCGCGCAUCAAGACCACAAAAUCCGAGUGUGGAAAAUCAUCGACCGCGACAAAAAAAUCGAACACUUGGCCACACUACCAACACUUACCGACCGUGCAAUAAAAGUCUUGACUCCGAAAAACCACGUUAAAGUGAGGAGGCACAAGAAACUCACGUGGGUCCACCACGCCGACGCAAUUUCGUCGCUAAAAUUAUCCGCCGACGGAUCUCUCCUCUACUCCGCCUCGUGGGAUCGGACGGUCAAGAUCUGGCGUACCUCCGAUUUCAAAUGCAUGGAGUCGAUAUCCGACGCGCACGAUGACGCGAUCAAUGCAGUCGCGGUGUCGUACGACGGGCGCAUCUACACCGGAUCAUCCGACAAGAAAAUCAAAGUGUGGAGGAAGCAACUAAACGAAAAAACACAUUCUUUAAUCGACACAUUGGAGAAACACACUUCCGGGAUUAACGCAUUGGCUUUAAGUGUAGACGGGGAGGUUUUGUACUCGGGGGCAUCCGAUAGGUCGAUACUCGUCUGGAUGAACGAAGGGGGCCAAAUGGGGGCGGUGGGGGCGCUUAGGGGCCACAAAAAGUCGAUAUUGUGUUUGGCGAUUGUGUCGGAUUUGGUGUGCAGCGGUUCGGCGGAUAAAACGGUUAGGGUUUGGAGAGGUGUGGGGAGCUUGUACAGCUGCUUAGCGGUUCUUGAUUUGCAUAAAGGGCCUGUUAAGUGUAUUAGUGUGGGGAUUGAUGAAUGUAAUUCUAAUCCAUCUGAUUUGGGAUUAAGUUAUCUAGUGUGCAGUGCUAGCCUUGAUUGUGAUAUCAAGGUUUGGAGGAUUGUUAAUCCCACUAUUUGAGUGUAAUUUUAAGUUUUUUUUAGUAGGAAAAGCACUUUUGUAAUCCUCUCUCUCUCUCUCAGAAGUGGUUUCCAAAUUGGAAAAGGAAGGUAGCCAACUAACUAUAAAUUAUCAACCCAAACAACUUAAUUAGAAUAAACAAAUCUAAAAUAAUAGAAAGCACCAAUAAUUAAAUGAAUGUUUUAUGUACUCAUCAUUAAUCAUAAAGUAAAGUAUGAACCUUUUAAAUGAAUAGUGCAAGAUUUGCUGAUAUGAGCCAUUCACACAGACUGUA